AAAAUGGACGAAGAAUACGACGAAGAAUAAAAACAAUCUGUCUUCACACAUGCGCAGUGUUUUGUCGGUGGUCCAUAAUCAGUGAUGGCUGGUCCCGUGGAUCUGGAGCUGAAGAAGGCCUUCACAGAGCUGCAGGUGAAGAUGAUUGACACGCAGCAAAAGGUGAAGCUGGCUGACUUGCAGAUCGAUCAGCUGACUCUUGUUCAGAAGCGUGCCAAGGUCACACAUGCCGGGAUCGCCAAGGUGCCGGACAACACACGACUCUACGAAGGCGUCGGACGAAUGUUCAUUCUUCAGCCAAAGGAGGAGAUCAACAACCUCCUGACAGUCAAACAGAAAACUUUGGAGGAGAAGAUCAAAGAGCUUGAGCAGAGAAAGGUGUACCUAGAGCGCAGCGUCAAAGAAGCUGAGGACAACAUCAGAGAGAUGCUGCUGUCCAGGAGAACUCAGUGAUUGGUUUCAGUAACACUUGUCUGUUUUUUUGUCACAUGUUAUGAAUAAAAUAUUCAAGCCCCGA